UCCUGAGACACCAUCAAUACAAUCAAGCACUGCAACGACAGAUAAAUCUACAAUUGUAACUGAAAUAACGUCAAGCAGUCCUGAGUCAUCAUCAAUACAAAUCAGCACUGCAACGACAGAUAAAUCUACAACUGCAACUGAAAUAACGUCAAGCAGUACUAAGUCAUCAUCAAUGGGGUCCAGCACUACAAUGACAGAUACGUCUACAAGUCAAACUGGCAUUUCUACAAGCAGUACUAAGUCAUCAUCAAUCGGGUCCAGCUCUCCAAUGACAGAUACAUCUACAAGUCAAACUGACAUUUCUACAAGCAGUACUGAGUCAUCAUCAAUAGGGUCCAGCACUCCCAUGACAGAUACAUCUACAAGUCAAACUGACAUUUCUACAAGCAGUACUGAGUCAUCAUCAAUUGGGUCCAGCACUACAAUGACAGAUACAUCUACAAGUCAAACUGACAUUUCUUCAAGCAGUACUGAGUCAUCAUCAAUUCUUUCCAGCACUUCAAUGACAGAUACGUCUACAAGUCAAACUGACAUUUCUACAAGCAGUACUAAGACGUCAUCAACAGGGUCCAGCACUACAAUGACAGAUACAUCUACAAGUCAAACUGACAUUUCUACAAGCAGUACUGAGUCAUCAUCAAUUCUUUCCAGCACUUCAAUGACAGAUACGUCUACAAGUCAAACUGACAUUUCUACAAGCAGUACUAAGACGUCAUCAACAGGGUCCAGCACUACAAGGACAGAUACAUCUACAAGUCAAACUUACAUUUCUACAAGCAGUACUCAGUCAUCAUCAAUAGGGUCCAGCUCUAUAAUGACAGAUACCUCUCCGAUGACAGAUACAUCUACAAGUCAAACUGGCAUUUCUACAAGCAGUACUGGGUCAUCAACAAUCGGGUCCAGUUCUCCAAUGACAGAUACGUCUACAAGUCAAACUGACAUUUCUACAAGCAGUACUGGGUCAUCAACAAUCGGGUCCAGCUCUCCGAUGACAGAUACGUCUACAAGUCAAACUGACAUUUCUACAAGCAGUACUGAGUCAUCAUCAAUAGGGUCCAGCUCUACAAUGACAGAUACGUCUACAAGUCAAGCUGACAUCUCUACAAGCAGUACUCAGUCAUCAUCAAUAGGGUCCAGCACUCCAAUGACAGAUACGUCUACAAGUCAAACUGACAUUUCUACAAGCAGUACUAAGACGUCAUCAACAGGGUCCAGCACUACAAUGACAGAUACAUCUACAAUUCAAACUUACAUUUCUACAAGCAGUACUGAGUCAUCAUCAAUAGGGUCCAGCACUACAAGGACAGAUACGUCUACAAGUCAAACUGACAUUUCUACAAGCAGUACUCAGUCAUCAUCAAUAGGGUCCAGCACUCCAAUGACAGAUACGUCUACAAGUCAAACUAAUAUUUCUACAAGCAGUACUCAGUUAUCAUCAAUAGGGUCCAGCACUUCAAUGACAGAUACAUCUACAAGUCAAACUGACAUUUCUUCAAGCAGUACUGAGUCAUCAUCAAUAGGGUCCAGCUCUACAAUGACAGAUACGUCUACAAGUCAAACUGACAUUUCUACAAGCAGAACUCAGUCAUCCCAUCAAUAG